AACGCCAGCCCCAGUAGUGAUAAUUCAUUCCCUACUGGCUGAUUAAACUGGUUGUGACACCAUCGGGAUAGUACUUUUGUGAUAAAUAUUUUAGCAUGGCAUUUAACUUUUAUUAAAAAUAAAGUUUUGCCGUGACUAUGUCAUAGACUGUAUUUUUGGUAUUGCUAUAUCCACGUAAGCGGGGGAGUAUCAUUUUGGGGGUAGAGUCAAUUGAUAUUAAUUGAGAAACAUCGUAACAUGGUGAAAGUUAGUAACUACAAAUAUUACAUUGAAAAACAGAUAAUUAUCAGGAAUUUGUCAAAUGGAUACUAACAUGAUACGGGUGAUGACCAUAACUAAAUACAAAACACUGUAUACGAUCUUAAUAAUUUUCGUCAUAUUAAGUACUGGGCAUUCUGAACGUGUGCAGUCAACGUUGUGUGAACAUAGAUGUGAAACUGCUACUCCAUAUCUUAUAACACUGAAAACAUUGUGGCAUCGGAUGUCAAAACGAAUCGGCCGACAAAAUAUGACAUUCGAAUCCUUUGUAAAAUCCCUUAUUGCUGCAUCCGAACGGUACAAUAGAUUAAUACCUCUUAGAGACAAUUUGAUGUCAAUGAUCGGCGAAUACCAGGACUGUGUGAAAGCUUGCGAACAUCAACACAGUAAAAGAACAUUUGAACGUGUAUCAGAUUCUUUUACCAGGCCAGAAAUUUGUAUUACACCAGAUAUUUGUUUAUGACAGUCAUGGAUCUAACAUGUCUUAUUCUUCAUCUAAGGGGGACCGAGAGUGACAUUAAGUUUUAGAAAUGUAAUACUCGUUUUCAGUUUUAUUUAAAAUAUUUGUUCAUGAGAAUAAAUUUUCUUAAUUUUAAGGUCUAUACGUCCGAAAAUGUGACAUAAUAAAAUUGUUGUGACAUCGCCAAAUAGUGAAGGUAUUGGAAGUUAUGGCACAAAUGAGAGUGCCAAGUUGUGAUUCCAAAGAAACACAAAGUGAAAACAUCGAAACAUAUAAAGAACCUUGAAACUGAAGAAAAAUGUGAAAGAGUCAUUGCAGUACGUCUUUCUUAACUUAACGGGGGG